AACAGCAUGUUUGGUGCUUCAAGAAAGAAGUUUCUAGAGGGGGUUGACCGUGACUACCAUGACGAAAACAUGUACUACAGCCAAUCUUCUGUGUUUCCACAUCAGUCAGAAAAAGAUAUGCUGGCAUCGCCAUCUACAUCAGCUCAGCUGUCUCCGUUUGGGGCAAGUUUAUAUGGGCAACAAAGUGCACUCGGCCUUCCAAUGAGGGGACUGAGCAACAAUACCCCUCAAUUAAAUUGCAGCUUAUCACAAGGCACUCAGUUACCGAACCACAUCACGCCAACAACAGGAGUACCAACAAUGUCACUUCCCACGCCUCCAUCUGCAAGCAGGGAUAUUUUGCCCAUGAAUCCUAGGACUAUGAUGAACCACUCCCACGUUGGUCAGGACAUGGGAAUUCCUAGCAGGACAAAUAGCAUGAGCAGUUCAGGGGUAGGUAGCCCUGACAGAAGCUCGCCAAGCAUAAUAUAUAUGCCAAAGCAUCAGCCUUCUCGACAGCCUUUUACUGUGAACAAUAUGUCUGGAUUUGGAAUGAACAGGAAUCAGGCACUUGGAAUGAAUGACUCCUUAUCAAGUAACAUUUUUAAUGAAACAGAUGGAAGUGAAAAUGUGACGGGAUUGGACCUUUCAGAUUUUCCAGCAUUAGCUAAACAAAACAGAAGGGAAGGAAGCAGUAAUCCAACUCCAUUAAUAAACCCCUUGGCUGGAAGAGCUUCUUAUGCCGAAAUGGUAGCAAAACCAGCAAAUGAGCAAUCCCAGGACUUCUCAAUACCCAAUGAAGAUUGUCUGGCAUUACCUGAUUCCAGCAAUAAAGAUCCAACAUCAAGUAAUGAUGACAGUAAAUCUAAUUUGAAUACAUCUGGCAAGACAACAUCAAGUUCUGAUGGACCCAAAUUUCCUGAAAAUAAAAGUUCAACACCACAAAAUAAUAACCAGCAAAAGAAAGGGACACAGGUGUUACUUGAUGGUCAGGUUUUUAACAUUCCUCAAGGGAUGGUGACAGACCAAUUUGGAAUAAUUGGCCUAUUAACAUUUAUCAGGGAAGCAGAGACAGACCCAGGGAUGGCACAUCUUGCAACAGGAAGAGACUUAACAACAUUAGGCUUCAAUAUGAUCUCUUCUGAAAAUCUCUACCCCAAAUUUGCAUCACCCUGGGCAUCUUCACCGUGUCAACCUCAAGACAUAGACUUUCAUGUUCCACCUGAAUAUUUAACGAACAUUCACAUUAGGGAUAAGCUGGCUAAAAUAAAAUUUGGUCGAUAUGGAGAAGAUCUUCUCUUCUAUCUCUAUUAUAUGAACGGAGGAGACGUAUUACAACAUUUAGCUGCAGUUGAGCUUUUUAACCAUGGUUGGAGAUACCACAAAGAAGAACGAGUGUGGAUCACCAGGGCACCAGGCAUGGAGCCAACAAUGAAAACCAAUACAUAUGAGAGGGGAACGUAUUACUUCUUUGACUGUCUUAACUGGAUGAAAGUAGCUAAGGAGUUCCAUCUGGAAUAUGAUAAAUUAGAAGGACGGCCUCAUGUGCCAUCAACCUUCAACUCCAACCCUGCUCAGCCAGGCUUCUAA